GUACUUGGCUUCCUUGGCUUACUUAAAUGGCUUGGCUUACUUAGGUACUUGGCUUGCUUCAGUGUCUUGGCCUACUUGAGUGUCUUGGCCUACUUCAGUUACUUGGCGUACUUGAGGUACUUGGCUUACUUUUUGUGUCUUGGCCUACUUCAGUACCUUGGCGUGCUUUAGGUACAUGGCUUACUUAAAUGUCUUGGCCUGCUUGAGUGUCUUGGCUUACUUUUGUGUCUUGGCCUACUUCAUUGACUUGGCGUGCUUGAGUGUCUUGGCCUACUUUAGUUACUUGGCGUGCUUGACUGUCUUGGCUUAAUUUUGUGUCUUGGCCUACUUCAGUAACCUGGCGUGCUUGAGUGUCUUGGCCUACUUCAGUAACUUGGCGUGCUUGAGUGUCUUGGCCUACUUUAGUUACUUGGCGCACUUGAGUGUCUUGGCUUACUUCAGUAACUUGGCGUACUUGAGUGUCUUGGCCUACUUUUGUGUCUUGGCCUACUCCAGUAACUUGGCGUACUUGAGUGUCUUGGCCUACUUUUGUGUCUUGGCCUACUUCAGUUACUUGGCGUAGGCUUACUUUUGUGUCUUCGCCUACUUCAGUAACUUAGCGUACUUGAGUGUCUUGGCCUACUUCAGUUACUUUGCGUACUUGAGUGUCUUGGCCUACUUCAGUUACUUGGCGUGCCGGCUUGAGUGUCUUGGCCUACUUCAGUUACUUGGCGUACUUGAGUGUCUUGGCUUAUUUACUUUUGUGUCUUGGCCUACUCCAGUAACUUAGCGUACUUGAGUGUCUUGGCCUACUUCAGUUACUUGGCGUGCUUGAGUGUCUUGGCCUACUUCAGUUACUUGGCGUGCUUGAGUGUCUUGGCCUACUUUUGUGUCUUGGCCUACUUCAGUAACCUGGCGUGCUUGAGUGUCUUGGCCUACUUCAGUAACUUAGCGUACUUGAGUGUCUUGGCCUACUUCAGUUACUUGCCGUACUUGAGUGUCUUGGCUUACUUCAGUAACUUGGCGUGCUUGAGUGUCUUGGCCUACUUCAGUUACUUGGCGUGCUUGAGUGUCUUGGCCUACUUUUGUGUCUUGGCCUACUUCAGUUACUUGGCGUACUUUUGUGUCUUGGCCUACUUCAGUUACUUGGCGUACUUGGGUGUCUUGGCUUACUUUUGUGUCUUGGCCUACUUUAGUUACUUGGCGUACUUGAGUGUCUUGGCCUACUUUUGUGUCUUGGCCUACUUUAGUUACUUGGCGUACUUGAGUGUCUUGGCCUACUUUUGUGUCUUGGCCUACUUCAGUUACUUGGCGUACUUGAGUGUCUUGGCUUACUUUUGUGUCUUGGCCUACCCCAGUAACUUAGCGUUCUUGAGUGUCUUGGCCUACUUCAGUUACUUGGCGUGCUUGAGUGUCUUGGCCUACUUCAGUUACUUGGCGUACUUGAGUGUCUUGGCCUACUUCAGAAACUUGGCGUGCUUGAGUGUCUUGCCUUACUUCUGUGUCUUGGCCUACUUCAGUUACUUGGCGUGCUUGAGUGUCUUGGCCUACUUCAGUUAC